CUUUCACCAUCCGAAGUGCCUGAAGACUGAAUACCGAAUAACAAAAGCUUAGUGAGAAAGGAUGGCUGACGAGUUUGAGCACCUGUGGCCUCUCAUUUCCACCCUUGUGGACUUCAUCCAGGUCCUUAGAAAGAUCAUCUCCUUGGCUCUGAACUCCAGUUCUCCUUUACAUCCUCGACCUCUUUCAUGGGAGAGGUUCGUUGAACCACCUGCUUUGCCUCAAUCAAAGAAGCCGAGAGAGGUUUCAAAGUUGCUUCAUGAGGCAUCCUUGUAUGCUUCAGAAGGAUACCUGCGAGAGAAUUCAGAACUAUGGAGGCAGGGAUCGAUGUCCAGAGGUGAAAGCUUUCGAGUGGAAAAUUUGGGUAGCUACCAUCCAGUGAUUCCACCUUCUAGUGAUGCUAAGGUUGCUUGUUUGAUGAAUGAGGAGUGCAAGAGAGGAUUGGAGUCUUUGUCAAGAAGCAUUGUGGAUGAAACUAAGAUGUCACGCAAGGUGAGAAAGAGGCCAGCAAGGAUAGUUAUACCAGAAUCUUGCGUGAGUAUGGGUUUUGGUGAGGUGGGUAAGGAGAAGGACUUGGUUAAGAAGGAGAUCGAGGUUGAAGGUGCCGAGUAUUGCUUAGCAAGCAAGAAAGGAAGCAGGUCUGUGAUGGAAGAUGGCUAUGGGGUCAUAACCAACAUCAAUGGAGAUUCAAAACAGGCAUUUUUCGGUGUAUUUGAUGGACAUGGAGGCCGUGAGGCUGUGGACUUUGUCACAGAGAAGCUAGGGAAGAAUAUUCUAGCAGUUCUCCCUGAGCUAGAGGAGACAGAAAACCAAUUAGAACUUGCAAUCAGAGCAGGCUAUCGGACCACAGAUAGCCAGUUACUUGGUCAGGGUGUGAGUAGUGGAGCAUGUGUAGCUACUGUUCUAUUGAAGGAUGGGAAAUUACAUGUAGCAAAUGCAGGUGAUUGUAGAGUAGUCAUGAGUAGAAAGGGUGUUGCAAAUGUCUUAACAAGGGACCAUCAUCCUGGAAGAGAAGAUGAACGAGUUCGGAUUGAGAGCUCGGGGGGCUAUGUGAGUUGCCGCAAUGGGGUGUGGAGAGUCCAGGACUCCCUGGCCAUAUCGCGAGCAAUUGGUGAUAUAAGCAUGAAAGAAUGGAUAAUUUCUGAACCUGAGAUUAAAAGGCUCCAUCUUACUUCGGAUUGUGAGUUUCUGAUAAUAGCUUCUGAUGGACUGUGGGAGAAGAUAUUUUGUCAACAGUGCUGGACCUGCACCUAGCCACUAGUGGGUUACUGUCAAACAUUUUAGUCCUCACACUGAUGGUCCUUUUCUUUAGAAGCUCUUACUUGACCAUUUCAGCAAUGGGGUAUGUGAAAUGAAACUUCCAUGAUGCUUCCGGUUUUGUCCAUAUUCCUUCUCCUCUUCAGUCUUCACCAUGUUCCCUCUCUUGCCACCUGAAGGUUUGACAACUGAGUUUCAAAGAAUUGUGGCUUGUGUGGUAGCGAGUGGCCCCACCCAACAUCAAGAAUUUGCAGAUUUUUUUAAGCACCCCUGCAGUUAUGUAUUUAGUACCGUAUUAGCUAUAUACCUGAUAUAGAAGUUAGAUAAUUAUAUAAAGCUAAGGAAUCUAAAUAAUAUCUUUCAACUAAUCUUAGAUGAUGUGGUUUUGGACUGUUGC